AUGUCUUUCCUUCAUGGUGUUCUCAGUGGAGUAAAGGAUGAUGAUAACGUCACAACUUAUGAUAAAGAUGUUCAAGCCCCUAAAAUAGGUACCGGGCCGGAAGACUUCGAGACGGCGUUAGCCGAUGUGAGCUGGUGGAUUACUAAAUAUUUUGGUGAAUUGCAGACAAAAACAGACGCAGUGUCAAACGCAUUAAGCGACCUAAUUAAUAAUAAAAUUGGAAAAGAAUCUAUGAAAUCCGUUGCCGCUAAAAAUGAUGUGAAACUCAAUGAGCAGUUGGCCAAUUGGACGUCUGUUCUCGAGAACAUUGAGACAAAUGUAAACAGCAUUGAAGAUAAAAACGUCAGUAAGUUAGAUAAGGUUUUGAAACAAAGAAUUGGUAGUGAAAUGAGCGGCAUUAGGAAUGCAGUAUGGAUGUUGAGAGACUCAGCCAAAGAGAAGGACUUCGUGGGACAGGUUAGUAAAGUGGACGAGCAAUUGGAAGGGCAGAAAAGUAACGUGCUGGCGUUGAUAAAAAAUGAAUCUGACAGCCUUCAAGCUAGGUUGGAGAAUGAGUUUGGGAAUAUCUGGAAUGGAAUUAAGAAUCUGAAUUAUAUGAAAAAAAUGCGAUUUGAAAAAAUAAGCAAGGCUCAUAAGUCGGUGGAGGAUUUGUUGGGGAAAUUCGACGUAGAAUAUACAGAUCAACUGAUUGGCAAAAUUGAGUAUCUACGAUGGAAUUUGGAUCAACUGACUAACGAUGAUUCUACCCUGCAGAAGAAUUUCACGAAAGUUGACACUAUGGUCAAAGCCCUGGUUGAGAAUGUGCAAAAGGAUUUGGCGACGCUGAAAGGGAAGAUUCACGGGCAGAUGAAGGGUUAUGUGACUAAGUAUGUGCAGGCGGUGCAAGGAGAAGUAACGAAGAUUAAAAAGGAAGUUCUUGGUACGACAGGCAAAGGGACGGGAAGUGGGAUAUAUCACGAUUGGAGUUUGCUUAAAAACUACAUUGAACGGCUCGUUAAUGGAAUUUAUAAGGAGGAACAAAAGGCUAGAACAACUGAAAAAUCUGGAAGGCUUUACGUUAUAGUUAACGGGGUUAAAAAGUAUGCCGAUUUGUUCACUAAGACCAAGUUUGGAGAUAUUGUGAAGGGCUGGAUUGAGGACAUUUUGGGGAAUAACGGUAUGGUUAAGCAUUGGGUGCGAGAGUAUGUUACGGAUUCCGAAAACAGGGAUAAGCUGCGAACUAAGUUGAACAUUGAAAACACUGGAUUUAAGGCACCGACGGCGAAAGCAAUCGCAACUAAAAUUAAGGAUGCUCUUAGUGGACAAAUUGCUGAAGCAAGUGCGGAGGAUGAAAGCCAAAUUGAAAAUAAAGACAUUAAAGGACAAAUGGAAUAUGUCCAGGUUGUUUGUAAUAGAUUUGCAAAUGCUCUGGGGAAGGAGCUUGAGAAGAGCAUACUGCAGAGAAAUUUUAGUGUUGGAGAAAUUACCCAGCAGAUUAAUAAGACACUUGCAUAUAGUGGCGAUGAACCUAAACACACUCUUAAGCUCCAGAAUGCCGUCUACGCAACACUCACAGCUCUUCAGUCUAAGGCCAGACAGACUGCGAAUGAACUUGAAUUGUAUCUCAACGAUAAGUUUACCAACCUCAGCAAAAACGUCCACGGGGCUAUAAGCUAUGUCAAAUCAAUUGGGGAUCAAUUUGCAAAUGGCCAAGUCAGCAUAGGAAAAAAUAUUACGAAGGCCCUACAAGACGUGCACCCUGUAAUUACGGACCUUGAUACUCAUCUUCAACAGGCAACCACAGAAUCAUCCAAACCCGUAAUCCCUCCCUACUCACCAUCCGUAACUCCUACCCCAUCCGACAACCUCGAAGAAAAGAUCAAGGGCAUACUGAACCAGGAGAUUGGAACGACUUCAGGUGAGAAAAUACAAAAAACAUUUACGACUGGAUUCAUGGAAAAGUUCGACGGCGCGGAGAAGCAACUUAAAAUUGCCGUACCUCUGAUCGGAGAGCAACUUAACGCUUUGAAGGAGGUUGCAAAAUCCGUUGGAGAGAGAAAAGGCGAAGCUCAGACGCUUAUGAACAACCUAAAGGGUGAAAUAUUUGAAAAUAGCAAUGCACUGUUCCAUGCCGUAAAAGAGGCGGAUGACACUCUGACUAGGUCUAUCAGUGCGCUAGUCGAUGCUUACGAUACCGCCCGUGAGACUCUGAAGAAAGCCAUUCAAGAACUCCAAAAGAAGCUCACCACCGCCGCGGAAAAUGCCUUCAAUAUUAUCACAACUCAGGUGCAAAAAUUGUUUGCGAACCACAAAAUGGCCGACCUAAAAUCCCUCCAAUCUCUAGUCCAAACCCAAAAAACUGAUAUCGAGCGUAUCAUAAGACUCGACAAAUUCUCCGGCGUCAAAGGCUUACUCAAGCAAUUGAAAGACGACAUAAGGAGGAAAUCUAAUAACGAAAAUAAAUUUGACGCUCUGAAAAAUGCACCAAACCACAAUGACUUCAAGUCCUUCGUGGAAAAAAUGCAGACAUACUUCACGCUCAUCUACGACUACGUGAAAUACCAAAUGGAUGAAUAUGUCAAAAAGCAGUCUCCCUCAGAGGCGUCAGAUGUAAUUGCCAAACUGGGAAGAGUGAAGGACAAAUUGGACAAAACGCUCGAAGGCCUUACAACCUCCAACCAUUUCGACUACACGUUCAAAACAAACGUAGACGCUUUAAACAGCGCGCUUCAAUAUUUCGCGCCUCUCAAGUUUGGCGGCCCGUGCACUGUCCUGCUGGACGUUGUGAAGGAAGGCGUGCAGGCGUUAGCCGGGCAACUUGGAAAGGCGUAUGUGAAUAAGUAUGAUGGGCAUGAGGAUCAAAAAGAGUUUAACAGUUUCGUGAGCCCUACAUCUAAAAAUGAUGAAUUGACACCUUAUGCUACAAAUUUGGCUAAGGUUUUGCUCACCUUAAUGGAGGGGCUGAGAAAAGAUGUGUUUGAUUUGCAAAACGAAUGUGGAAAGACAUCUGGUGGAUGGGGGAACAUGAACAUUAUUUUAGGUAAUAAGCUUGGAGACUGGUUUAAGAACCGUGGUUACCUUGUCUCCAAGUUAAAACAAGACGGUGAGCUGCGGAACCACGAUGAGUGCAAGGGUGAAAAAAUUAAGAGUGAACUUCUUACAAAGAAAAUUACAGAAGGUUCCACAAGUCCGAUCAUAAAGGCGUGGAAGGAAACAAACAAAGAGAAUCCUGAGGAAAUCUCUCUCUACGACAUGGUCGAAUUCCUUCGUGAAUUUCUUCGAAAGUACUAUAAUGUAUGUCAACAUAUACAUAUCGAUAAGCCAAAAGCACCGACUAAUAUCUACCAGAUGAUGCAAUGGCUCUCCGGGUUAUACUUUAAUCCGAUGCUUAAGAAACUGGAUGAUCAGUUUAAUGGACUGUUCGGCGAAGCGAAUCAGUUAGAUAUAGCCGUUCCAGACUCAAAACACUACACAAUUAAUUCACCUCUCAAAGCUAGCAACUUAGCCGAUGCACUCAAACAAGUUUGUCUACUCUCGCAACUUUCACUAGUCGCCUUCCUCGGCAAUGGCCACGCGGAUGGCCGGUACGCUUGCGACUUCCGCACAAACUUAGACAAAUUAAAUUAUCCCUCUAACCCAUCUGCGUGCUUCGACAUGUUAGUAGACAUCUUGCAUAGAGUGUUCUAUCAAUUGCGUUUCCUACAUAGCCAGUGUUCCAACAGCCGUAGUAGGGGCGGGUGGCAAGACUGCUGGUAUGGUCAGGGAGUUGGCGGCUCCAGUUGGCAGUGCAACGAGAAACAAUGUGCCAACCAAACACCUAACCAAAGCGCUGACCAAACGUGUGACCAACACCCUAACUGCGGUGUCAAAUCACCGUUACAAUCAUUCCUCGAAGAUGGUCUUCCUGGUUUCCUGCCACAUCAAUUUAAGUCUCCAGGUUGUAAACUCACAUGUAACAUGAGCAACCAUAGAGGUAUUCCAUGUCUCACGCCGAUGGGUUUCGGUGAUAUUAGCUUUGCAGCGUCGCAUACGAAAACAGGUUCGCAUCUCAGGGCAGAACUUGACCACCUUUGCGGCGGUGCAGGGAAAUCACUCAGUAAGCUGUGCGGUAUGCUUGACUGCCUGCUUCGCGUAGCACCGCAGACACUCGGUGACAUGUUCGGGUUUUACUAUAAUUUCCUUGCUAAUUGGAAUUCCGGUAUAGAACACAGACAGACAGCAUUCAACGAUGCCGUUAAAAAAGCCAAUUUCUGGAAUGACGAAACAAAGUUGAACGUUGCGUCCUUACAGGCCAGCAAGGUGCAUCCUAGUAACCAUGACAAAGGAGACCUCUUUAGUAUUACAGAUUGUAAUCCCACGUCAACAUCCGGCCUACCAUGCGGCCGAUACUUGCAUCCCAUUACACUGUACACCCGAUCCGUUUUUACGGAAAAGCACGCUGACAACUAUCUUUCAUGGGUAACAUACAUUACCGAGACGUUCCUUGCGUUGCUCCACCAAUUGUAUGAGUCUUGCAAAAAAUGCGAAACGCCGGGCACCAGAUGCUGCGAUAAGGGCUGUGAGGAGAAAUGUCCUGUGAAAGCUGCUUACGCAUCUGACGAGCCGUCCAAGCAACUCAAUGGCCAAAAGCAUACUACAAAUUGCCAUUCCAUCGUCAAAUGCCCGUAUAUGCAUCCGACGUUGUAUCAGUAUGGAUUCACCUUUGGUAGUCCAUCUGGACUAAGUGGACACGAUAAGGACAUCAGGAAGAGACGUACAUGUAGAGAUUUCUGUGAAGCAUUGAAAAGAGUAAUUGGUGACAAUUGCGUGCUUGUCAAACUCAUCGGAGAGAUUGACGAGUUCAUGAAAGAAAUCAGAUGGCCAUUUAUGCUAACACUAACAACCCUCUGGUCGCUCUCGCUCCUGUACCUGCUGCACAUCGCCGUCGUCCGCCUCGACGUCCUGAGGAUACGCUCCCACCUGAGAUCACCCUCAAGCCACCGCAUCGCCGCGCAGUCCCUCCUCGCCGCCGCACGCGUCAAGGCACUCGCCAACAUUAAGCAUGGGAAUGGUCCGGGUGAUCAAGGUCUUGAGCCUUUGGCUGAUGCUUUGAAAAAGUUGAUUGGUGAUGCAAUUAAAAAUGCUACAACUUCCCUCUCUCACAAAUCCUCCAAGCUCUCUUGCUCCCCAAAUCCACAUGAUCCUCUCUCCUACUGUAGUCAGCUUGAUAGGGACAUUAAGUCCAAAAAUGAAGAACUUCAAAAAGCUAAAAACACUAAUAAAACUUCUGAAAUAUCCUCUUUAGAAGCUGAAAUACAGCGCUAUAAAUCCAACAAAGAUGACUGCACUAAGUCCCAUUUCAUGGAUGAGCAGCGUAUGUCCUCCCUUGAGGCGGAAGUGCAUCAUGGCAUUGAUGUUAUUGUGAAGCUUACACAGUUUAGUGGCGGUGAAGAUAGCGUUAAAACACUAAUUGAGAAAGAAAUUGCGAGGCUUGAAAAGCAUAAAAAAGACUGUGAAAAUUGUAAAAAGUCUCCGCAGCCUCAUGCCUCUGCUGACUGUCCUCAGCAUAAAAAGCUUGAUGAGCUUGAAGAGAAACUUGAGACAUUACAACAGAAUAAUGAUAAAAGUCCACAUGAUUUAUUAAAUAACCUGUGCUCUGGCUUGGAGAAGUUCCUUGGUUACCAAGAAACUUCCAAAGGCUACUCGGGCGAGGGCAUCGUGUACUCGGACCUUGACAGGCUGUGUGACGGGGUGAUGUCUUUCCUUCAUGGAGUUCUUGAGACGGUGAAGGAUGAUGAUAACGUUACAACAUAUGAUGUUAAAGACAGUAAUAACAAUAUUACUUCACUUAUUAAGCUACUUGAAAAUAGUGUAGGUAAAGGCCGUCAGGCCUUCGCGGAGGCCGUGGCUAAGGUAAGUGAGUGGUUGAAAAAACAUGGUGCGCAGGUGGACCAGAAGACUGGCGAAGUGACUGAAGGAUUAUCUUCACUUAUAGGUAAGUUAAAUAAUGGGUCUAAUUCUGUUGCAGGUGUGAAUUACUACAAUCAAGUCAACGAGCAAGCCGGCGAGCCACUUGCCAGUCAACUCCAGACUUGGAAGCAAACACUAUACCAGAUUGAUACAGAUGUUACUAACAUUAACACUAAUAAUAGUAAAUUAGAUAAUGCGUUAAAACGUAGUGUAAUGCAUGAGAUGAGUGUUGUGAGUGAGGCCGUUAAGAUGUUGAAUACAAGUUCUUGGGGUAACCAUCUCAUGCUGCAGGUGGGAAAUGUGGACACGGCGUUAGAUGCACAGAAAACCCGUAUGAUUAACAAGAUAAAAGAGCAAUAUGACAGCGUUCAGAAAACAUUGAAGAAUGAAUUCUUCAAUGUUGUGAGCGUAAUAAAUAAUUUAAACAAGGCAAAAGCAAAAAAAAUUAAACACAUACGAGGCGCCAUUGAUACUGUCAAGGUUCACUUAAAGACAUUUGACGCGGACUAUCGCGAGAAGAUUCAGAAGCUUUUUAACGACAUCAGUGAGAAACUAGUGGAGCUGAAUCCGAAUAGCACACAUAUUGUAGGGGACGGCUCAGGAAAUUCCAGAUUAAAACUGGAUGUAGAAGACGUCAAAUCACGUUUACGUGGUAUCGACAACAAGCUUGCAGAGAAUGUCAAGCAGCUGCAGAAUUGGAUGGUCGCAGCACUUAGGAGUAUCCAUAAAAUCCAACAAGAGGUUAAGAAAAUCAUAGAUAGGGAGGUUGGGGAAUCUAAAAAGACGGAGAUUGACCAGGCGGCGCAGAAUAUCAGGACGCAGACUACUCAGCUGCAUAAUCAAUAUGAAGGGGUGAAGAGACAGUUAGCAGAACAGGUGAACAAGGUAAAGGCAAUGGGUGGGUCUGAUGCCCCGUUAAAUAGGCUGCAGAAUCUUGAAAGUCAACUUGCGGUACCGAAUGAUAAUGUGAGCAGUAUUAAGAGCUAUUUAAGUUGGGACGGCCGCGAUGAUCCAAUCAUUGCUCUCACAAAUAAAAUUGAAGAAAACGUAAAACAGCAUAUUAGGAGUCAGAUUCUGACAGGCAUCCAUGGGCAACUCGGCACGAUCCUUGAUGGUAGCAAGAAGCCGCAGGAUAGUGGCCUCCGGGGUAUUAAGCAGAAAGUUGAAGAGUAUGCCAAGACUAUUGGAGAUAAUAUGCAGAAAACUACGGUUCAAAUGUGGCUGAACAGAAUAUUGGACAAGGAUCCAGUAAAUGGGUUACUUGGAAAGUAUUUCAGAUAUAACAGCGGCGAUUUCAAAGGUGCAAAAAUGUUCACGAAAGCGUCUGAUUUACAUAUUCCAAUUAAAGAAGGGAUUGCGAAAGUGCUUCAGGAGGAUGUUUAUAACACGGUUAGGUUGUCGUACGCUGUGGACACUGGGGGCAAUGUAAAGAGUGAUUUGACAUCACUAAACAAUUUCCUGCAACAGUAUGCUACUCAGCUUGAUAAACAACUCCUGACUGCUACGGGUACAACAUCAUUCGUCAAAAAAAUCGCGGAUAAAAUUGAGAGUGAUGAGGGGUUGCAUAUAGAUCCACUUAAGAGAAUUGGCCCUAACUCACCACUGCAAUUACCACUCAUAGAUGCUAUUAGAUUUAUAUUGCAAUUUAUAUCUGCAUCUGCAAGAAAUCUUGGAGAAGAAAUUGCAUCAUUGGCCAACAACAACAGCGGUGUCAAUAUCGGCACCAGCAUAGACGGUGCUCUUGGUGUCGCUGAGCCGCUUGAAAACCAGAUUAAGGAGGCAAUCACAAAUAAUGACCCCUUGUCCUCGGGAACAAGUAUCGCCAUCCAAGUUGCUGGGAUUGCUGGGAAAGUCGGCCCCGCUGCUAUCGACACAGAACUAGCCAAACUAUUGAAAGCUACAGCAGAUAAAGCGAUCAUUAAACUCAAAGAUGAAAUUCAAAAUACGGUUAUUAGUAAACUGAGCAGUGUGGAUAAUCAAGUUAGUGGUUUCGAAAUGCAAGCCUCCUCCGCAAAAUUGUUGCUGGAAACCAAAGCCCAAGAAGUCGAAAACAAACUUGGUGAGCUAAUGACCGAGAUAUCCAAUCACGCCAGAGACAAUAUUAAAUUUUUUCUAGAUCAUUUAAGAGAAGGUAAUAUCUGUAGCAGUCUCAACGCAAUCAAGGAUGAGCUUAACACCCAGCAAUCCAACGUAAACAGUGUCAUAAGCAAUGGCAUCCACGAAGUCCUUCAAAAAACCAAGCAGCUUGAGAACGUGCCUCAGAAGGUUAGGGAAGGCAGAGAGGCUGCAGAGAAAUUGAUGGACACGUUGAAAAGAGAACUGGAGAAUAGGAUUCAUGACGUCGAAGUGAAUGUCAAUGAAGCCGAAAAGGAGUUGACAGUUGCCAUUGAUACCCUUACCAAUGCCGUGCUUCACGCACAACAAGCGGUCACACAAUGCCUCUCGGAGCUGAAAGAAAAUCUAAUCGAUACAGCCGAAAGUUCAUUUGAUGUAAUCACCACCCAUGUCCGCUCCCUCUUCACCCACCAAAAACUCGCCGACCUCUCCGCGCUGCACAAACUGGUCGAACGCCAACACAAAAAGAUUAACAAGAUCAUCGACGAAGACAAGGCGUCUGGAAUCAAGGGCCUGCUGUCAAGAAUGCAAAUUCACCAUCCAACGCUUUCCGAAGUUCCACGUUUAGAGGAAUUUACAAAGGCAUCGACGACGACGAAAUGGUACAUGGAUUAUGUCACGGAGUACAUUAAAUACCAACUCCUUCCAGACACCAAGCCCCCAACCCCUACCACUCCAGUCCCACCUCCAAUUUCCAGCGGCGGUUACAAAGCGCGGCCGGCAAUGGCAAUCGCUGCGCAGGUUGAUAGUAAUUAUUAUAAAGGACGUGCUGGAAUGGCUCAUAAUACUACGUACACCGGUGCUGUCAAGUCCCCAACUUCCACCCCUACCCCAAACCAACACUCUCCCUCCCCGUCCGCCAAGAAUCCCAUUGAGAAAUUCUUCGAUGACCUCAAGCUUCACGCCGACAGACUCUUCGGUACGCUUUCCAUGGGUCGCUUCAGUAAUCAGUCUGCCACUAAUCGUGACGCAUUCACCAACUUCCUCAACUCGAUGCGUCCUGAGAAGUUCGCACAGCUCAACAGUCCCCUACUUGACAUCCUAAAAUCUGGCCUCGAGUCUUAUCUGAAGGAACUGAGCUACGCAUAUGUGAACGCAUACGAGGGACAUCCAUCUCUAGUUGACUUUACGUCGGAGGUUGAUGGGAAGAAUUGCGCUAAGACAUUUUUGUCUUUACUGGAGACUCUGUUCGAUGACUUAGGUAGGCUGAGUGCUGGAUGUAAGAAACGUUUUUCCAAGAGUACAAUUAGUCGGUCUUCAGAUCUGGGAGAACUAUUUAAACGUUAUGGUUACCGUGUCGCCAGCCACUCUAAGUCACAAGAUGGCGAGUUGCUGUGUAAGAAUACUAUGAAUGGUGAGAAAGUUCAUGAGAAGCUGCACGAGAAGAAAUUUACGAGCAGCGACAAAAUUGAACAUCUCAAGGAGUGUGAAUCCAAUGAAGUGGAUGUAAAUUCUAAAAAGAAGAAACAUGAUAACUUCGACAUCUUUGACUUACUGAAAUGCCUUCACCGUCACCUAGAAGAGUAUUACUCCGUCGGUCACAUAGCAACUUUCACCUCCAUGAAACAACCGUGCAGUGUUAAUGAAAUGCUUUCUUGGUUCUCAGGUCUGCCGUAUAACGCUGCAUAUUCCACUCUAUUGCGUGACGGUUUCACUAGCCUCCUGCAGAAGCCUAAGCCCAAAACCAUACAGGGCGGCGACGAAUUUGAAGUAGAAUUAGAUGAUCUGAAGUCCUACUACAUAGAUGCUUAUCCAAACAGAAUCACAUAUGAUCACAUAAAUACUGCACUCGACCAUAUUUGUUCGAUAUCCUAUGACAUCUUGACGUCAAUCGCCGGUCACGGCGACGAAUACACAACGUACGCCGCUGACUUCUGCACCAACCACCUUAGCCUAUCAUAUCCUUCAAUUCCAUCUCAAUGCCUGGAUAUGCUUCUUGACAUUUUGCGUAGACUAUUACCACAGCUUCGAUAUUUGUUCAACCGAUGCAAGCUAAGUACUAAGCAUAGCGGUUGGUCGCAAUGCCUCUACGGCAGGGAUGUCUUCACUACCAAAUCACCAUGUAAUAAUCAUUCAAAUAGCAAACCAAACAGCCGACCAAAGUGCCAACCUACGUGCCAGGCAAACACAAAACCAAAUUGCCAACCAACUUCACCUUUAAUGAGUUACCUAACGGACUCGUUACCUGGUCACUUACCUCAUGACGUUUCUUCUAUUGGCUGUCGCUCUGUAUGUUCAACAUGUCCAAAUGGCAAGAAAGGCAUGCCAUGCUUAACACCUCUAGGCUUCAGAGGUUUCUCUGGGUCUACGCGUAAGGGUGAGGAGAUAUGUGAUAUUCUGGACAAAUUCUUCUCCAACUUCUAUUUGUCAUCCCUAUUCUGUCUCUCACCAAAGACCCCGGCUUCAUUACCUGAGCAGUUCGGGUUUGUUUUAUCACUAGUAAGUGGUUGGAAUAGUCCCAAGACAGAAGCUACAAGUCGCAUUAAGAAGUCCGUUGAAUCAUCCAUUGAGAGUGUGUCCAUUAACCUGUAUGAUCAACCGACGAAACUAACAGCUGCACUUACUAAUGCGUACCGUAAUACACACAGUAACCAUGGAGGGAAGGACCAUCUUCCUGCAUACUCUGAUGUGUAUAGUCUGGCGAUGACGUCAGCAUGUAAUGAUCGUGUCGGAAAAGCGUUGUGCGCUCCGUAUGUUGCAUCACUCUGCGGCGAUACGUAUGCUUACUUUGCUGAGAAGCACUGUAACACAUACCUCUCAUGGGCCGUCUACCUCCCGUGGACGUUCUGGGAUUUACUCAACAAUUUAUAUAACGCUUUCUGCAACAUCACUUGUGCAGACUGGGGCUGCCGUGGAUGUCUCAGAGGAGACAAGUGCAGGAGUGGCAAGCAUGGCGUCGUUGAGGAUGAGAAACAAGAUGCCAUUUGCCAGUGUGAUUCCAUAGUAUCCUGCAGAGGCGUGGCACCGACGCUCUACCAGUAUGGAUUCAGCUUCGGCGAGGCGUCGACGUUGAAUAGUGGUGACACAGCGAAGAAGUGUAAGGAUUUCUGUAGUCAAUUGAAGAAUGUGCUGAAAUCGGAAUACUUCCAGACACUGUUCAAGGAGUGCGACAAUUUCCUGAGAGAGAUCAGAUGGCCAUUUAUGCUAACUUUGUUAGCCCUCUGGUCGCUCUCGCUCCUGUACCUGCUGCACAUCGCCGUCGUCCGCCUCGACGUCCUGAGGAUACGCUCCCACCUGAGAUCACCCUCAAGCCACCGCAUCGCCGCCCAGUCGCUUCUCGCCGCCGCACGCGUCAAGGCACUCGCCAACGUCAAGUACUUCUCACCAUAA